AGUAAAGUCCGCGCAGGCGCCGGCGCCAUGCAGGUCUCCAGUCUCAACGAGGUGAAGAUCUACAGCCUGAGCGCGGGUCGCAGCCUGCCCGAGUGGCUUUCUGAUAGGAAGAAGAGAGCACUCCAAAAGAAAGAUGUUGAUCUUCGAAGAAGAAUUGAACUUAUUCAGGACUUUGACAUGCCUACAGUUAGCACAAAAAUUAAAGUGUCAAGGGAUGGACAGUAUAUCAUGGCAGCUGGAACAUAUAAACCAAGAAUCCGGUGUUAUGAUACCUAUCAAUUAUCCCUGAAAUUUGAAAGAUGCUUAGAUUCUGAAGUGGUUACAUUUGAUAUUUUAUCAGAGGAUUACUCAAAGAUUGUGUUCUUGCAGUGCGACAGAUAUGUGGAGUUUCAUUCUCAGCAUGGCCAUUAUUACAGGACAAGAAUACCGAAGUUUGGUAGAGAUUUCUCUUAUCACUACCCAUCAUGUGACCUGUAUUUUGUUGGAGCAAGUUCUGAAGUAUACAGGUUAAAUCUGGAACAAGGAAGAUUUUUAAAUUCACUUCAAACAGAUGCUUCAGAGAAUAAUGUCUGUGACAUAAAUCCUGUACACUGUUUGUUUGCAGCUGGGUCAGCCGAGGGGAAAGUAGAAUGCUGGGACCCUAGAACAAGACAUCAGGUUGGAGUGCUGGAUUGUGCAUUAAGCAGUGUGACAGCAGAUACAGAGAUAAAUGAUUUACCAUCCAUUUCAGCAUUAAAGUUUAAUGGAGCUUUGAAUGUGGCGGUUGGAACAUCCACUGGACAGGUUUUGCUGUAUGAUCUCCGAUCCAGUAACCCAUUAAUAGUCAAAGAUCACCAGUAUGGCCUGCCUGUUAAAUCAAUCCAGUUUCAGGAUCAUUUAGAUUUAAUUAUAUCUGCAGAUUCACGAAUCAUAAAAAUGUGGAACAGAGACACGGGAAAAAUAUUUACUUCAAUGGAGCCAGAACAUGAUAUCAAUGAUGUCUGUCUUUAUCCUAAUUCAGGAAUGCUCCUGACUGCCAAUGAAGCCCCUAAAAUGAACAUCUAUUACAUUCCAGUUUUGGGACCUGCCCCAAGAUGGUGCUCGUUUUUAGAUAACUUGACAGAAGAAUUGGAGGAGAAUCCAGAGAGCACAGUAUAUGAUGAUUAUAAAUUUGUUACCAGAAAAGAUCUUGAAAAUUUAGGCCUUGCUCAUCUCAUUGGAUCACCCAUGCUCAGAGCAUAUAUGCAUGGCUUUUUCAUGGAUAUAAGGUUGUAUCAUAAGGUGAAAAUGAUGGUCAACCCAUUUGCUUAUGAGGAAUAUCGAAAAGAGAAAAUCAGGCAGAAGAUAGAAGAAACGCGUGCACAGAGAGUUCAGCUCAAGAAACUUCCAAAGGUUAACAAAGAGCUGGCACUCAAGCUGAUUGAGGAAGAGGAGGAGGAGCAGGAGGCUUCUAGAAGAAGGAAGCAAAAGAACCUGCCUAAUAUUCUGAAAGAUGACCGCUUUAAAGUCAUGUUUGAGAACCCAGAUUUCCAGGUGGAUGAGAAGAGUGAAGAAUUUAGGCUGCUUAAUCCACUUGUUUCUAAAAUUAGUGAAAAAAGAAAGAAGAAACUAAAAAUUCUAGAGCAACAAGAAGCACAAGAACAGGAAGAGGAGGAAGAGCCAGAAGGAAAACCAAGUGAUGCAGAAAGUUCUGAGAGUUCAGAUGAUGAAAAAGGUUGGGUUGAAGAGGUCAGGAAACAACGCAAACUUUUACGCCAAGAGGAAAAAGUUAAACGGCAGGAAAGGUUCAAGGAGGAUCAGCAAACAUCACUGAAACCCCAGUUUUUUGAGAUUAAAGCAGGGGAGGAAUUCAGAAGCUUCAAGGAUUCUGCCAAAAAACAAAAGCUAAUAAAAAAAACUCUUGAAGAUCGCUUGAAACUUGAAGAGAAGCUUGGCACCCUCCGUGUGUCUGACGCCACAGUAGGCAGCAAGCAGGUGACCUUCAGAUUAAAAAAGUCAGAGCAGCAGAAGAAACAGCAAGAAGCUGAGAAGCAGCAUCAUCAGGAAAGGAAAAACCUCAGACGGUCUGCUGGCCAACUUAAGAAUAAACGUGGUAGAGGGCGGCCAUUUUAGUGACUCCUCAAAGAAGCUGCCUUAUUUUCACUUGUCACCUGCGAAGUGGGACUUUAUGGCACAGGCUUUUUCCUUUUUACAUCUAAAUUAUGGAUACAAGAAAACUAGAAUUUGUUAAACCCUUUCUAAGGCAAUGAAAUGUUUACAAAAUAUUAGUGGAUAUUUAUGAAAAGACACUAAGGGCAAGGUUUUUUUAAUGACCUUGGAGUCUUAUUUAAAUUGGUACAUGAAGUACCAUGACUGGUUAUUGUGUAACCCUGGAUACGAUUCAUAUGAAAGUUGGUUGAUAAAAACAGAACUCUCUUUCUGUCUCUCUCUCUUUUUUUUUUAAAGAAGUAGUGAAUUUUACUUUAAUGAGUUUAUUUACUGUUUAAACAAAAAUGUAUUGAAGUUUUAGGCUGCUGAGAUGUAGGUUGACUCAUUUUGUCCUUAAAUUACUUGCACCAGCAAUAUAUCAAAUAGAAACCCCUGAUACUGCUUCAAGAACAGUGCACACACAGGGCUAAAGACUGGGCUUGAUGCAUACUGGUAGGUAAGGCCAUGAUUCAGCAAAUGCCUAAAUAGCAGCAUGUUGAAGUCCAGUGAGACUUCUUCCAUUUUAAGCAUUUGAUAAGUACCUUUUAUAAAUGGGAGCUACAUUUGGGGAAAAAACUUGAUUAUUCUUGAAAGAAUACCCAGUGCUAUAUUAACAUGGAGACAGGUCUUGUAUUAAAGUAUCCCUUAGUUGCCUUACCCAAGUUAAGAUAUGGAUAUACAAUCAGUUUGCCGUGGGAUAAAAGCAGCUGGGUUUUAAUGUACAUUAGCUGUUUUAUAAUAACUACCUGUACGCAUACUUUUACUUUGCAGUAAAUGAACUGAGCCACAGUAGCUUAACUUUUAUUGAAACAGAGUUAUGUCACUAUGGUUUAGCUUCCACAAGCUGUGGGGUAAAAACAGGCCUACGGGUAGUUAACACAGAGUAGCUGGCAUACAGUAAAUCCCCUUGUACUCUUACCCCACAGUAAGUUGUUUGUAUGACUGCUCAAGUGUCUUUGACAUCUCAUGAUAUAGAAUUGAAAUGUCAUGACACUUGAAACUAAAUUGAACAGCUGUCUAGCGUGUUAAAGUCGCUACAUUUUUCAAGCAGGGUGAAAUCAAACUUUGCAGAGAGGACAAGUGCAGGAGCUGAGACAUCACAUAAAUUCUGCAAAGGAGGGAAUUAUACUUUUAGUUCAUUUGGAUCUUUAAAAAGUAUUGUCAUUUAAAAAAAAAUAGCUUUUCCAUUUAUCUUUGGCUACACCAAAGGAAUUGAAAUCUCUGAAUAAAAUUUCUAUGCAUAA